GCAAUUGGCUGCGACAUACUUUCAAUCAGCGGCACAUUCUGCAGAUAGACAAGCAAUUCAAGAAGUGCUGUUUUGUAUUGAAACUGCAAGUGUCAUCCGUGCCCAUUUUCCUAUGCCAUCAAGUGUCUUCCCUGAGAGUAACAUAAUCGCCAUGGCAAACUCUCAUAAUCUAUGCCCUGUUGUUUGUACCUCCACUUGCACUUCCACUUCCACUUGCGCUUCCACUUGCACUUUCACUUAUAUUCCCACUUGUAUCUCCACUUGCACCUCCGCUUGGGCCACUGCUCUCAUCUCCAUUUCUGUCCCCACGUCUCCUUGGCUGUCUCGUGGUGGGCGAUUGAGCAGCCGGCUGCUAUGUUGAGGGUCAGUAUACCUUUAUCAG